AUGAAGUUGAAGAGCAAGCGAACAUCAUCAAGUACGAAUGUUGUUCACAAACCACAAGUAUCUCAUCACGGGGUGGUUUUUUGGGAAAUUUCUGCCCCUGCUUCUCCAUCAUCAAAGAAGAGAAUGGCUGCUGACAUGGCUAAGCAUAUUUCUAAGAAGAAGAGGUGUAAGUUGGUUCUCUCUUUCAAUUCUACAACUGAUGAGAUAGAAGCUAUUCCAGAGACUCCAGAAACAGUUCUUAUCAACGAAUCUUCUAGAACUGAUACUUUAGUGACUCAACCACCUGAAGUUUCGAUUGCCAAGACAGUUACUGUGGAGGUCGAACUUCAGACAUCCCUGUAA